AUUCCAAAUCCUCACAAGACUCUUCUUCUUCUUACUACGGCGCCUUUUGCUGAACAAAAAGCCAUGUCUCAGCACGACGCUCUCAAUCUCGUUGACAAUGACGAUUCUCGACUGGCCCCGCUUGACCUAGAAAAGAGUGGACCCGUGUCCAUCACCUCUGAAACCCCCUCGGCGCAGGAGGAUAGAGGCGAUUAUGCCCAGGGUCUUCAACUCUUUUUGAUAUGCACAUCCCUCUGCUUAUGCGUGUUCCUUGUUGGAUUGGACGCAACCAUUCUAACAACGGCCAUUCCAAGCAUUACUGACGAGUUUGGCUCGGUACAGGAUGUCGGCUGGUAUGAUGCCGCUUUCCGGCUCACAUCCUGCAUGUCGCAGCUCUCCCAAGGAAAGCUCUUCAGUAACUAUUCGCUCAAAUGGAUUUUUCUCUUUAAUAUGGUGAUAUUUGAGGCAGGGAUUCUCAUAUCAGGUCUUUCUCCAAGCUCGGUGGUAUUCAUUGUUGGGCGUGCAAUCACUGGACUCGGAUUUUCUGGUAUCAGUCAGGGAUGCAUGGUAAUCAUUGCCAUGUCGACGCCCCUCCAGAAACGAGCAACCUACCUUGGCCUUAUCAGCGCCAGCGAGUACACUGCCAUGGCUACCGCGCCUAUUAUUGGUGGUGCAUUAACCUCAACUCUAACCUGGCGGUGGUGCUUCUUUAUCAACCUUCCAACGGCUGCCGCGCCGGCGGCAAUGAUUCUGAUGCUCAAGCUGCCUAAGAUGGCAUUGGGAAACAACAAGAAGUCACAAAUUGAGAGAUUGCGAGAGCUAGAUCUGUUGGGGUGCCUCUUCUUCGCCCCGGCUGUGCUUUGUCUCUUGCUUGCCUUACAAUGGGGCGGAUCAACUUACAGCUGGAGUGAUGCUCGCAUCAUCGUCCUCCUGGUGCUAGCACCUCUAAUAUUCGGAGUAUUCUGUCUGAUCCAGCAUGUCAAACAAGAUAGAGCUAUGCUGCCACCGCGCAUAAUCAAAAAAGGCGUGAUGCUUUUCGGAGCUUUGUUCAGCCUGUCACUGUCGGCCUGUCGGGCCAUCGUGCAAUACUAUCUUGCAAUUUGGUUCCAGACAGUACGUGGAGUCACAGCGCUACAGUCUGGCAUCAACACAUUACCUAUGGUUAUUGCUGUUCUCGUCUCCGCUAUUGUUUCAGGUCGCCUCAUGUCCAAGACUGGGAUAUACACCCCGAUUAUGCUUCCCGCGGGUUGUUUGAUCGUGGCUGGUGUGGCAAUUAUGACUGGCUUCACUUCUGAAACUCCCAAAAGUCUUUGGAUCCCGUCACUUAUCCUUCUGGGUAUUGGGUCCGGAAGUAGCGUUUCGAUCCCAUUUAUUGCAGCGCAAGCCGUGCUAAGCCUGGGGGACUUAUCUGCGGGAAUGGCUCUAAUGACCUUCUCUCAAGAUCUCGGAGAAGCAGUCUUUAUCAGCAUAGCUCAGGCAGUUUUCCUGAAUCGUCUCACAAGCAGCAUAGAAAUUACAGCGCCAGACCUCGCCCCAGAAAGCGUGAUUCAUCUGGGCGCCACUGACUUGGCAGAGAAAGUCCCCUCGCAGGAUGUAGCGGCUGUCGCCCUUUCAUAUGAUCUUGCGGUGCGAUCAACCUUCUAUUUGGCGGUCGCUUUGGCUGGUGUAUUGGUGCUGGUCGCUAUACCACUUCAGAAGAGUCCGCUCAAGGUUGGGAGAAAGUCCACUUGA